AUGGGAAGCACAACCCCCAUUUCCACCACAGACCCCUCAAAUCCCCAAAUUCAACACUGGGAAAAUGGACUAGCUCUCUACUCCAACUUCAUCACUCCCACAGAAGAAGCAGAAAUCAUCAGCUCGAUUCUCUCUGAUGAUCGCUGGAGUGGCAUCGGCAAAAGACAAACGCUACAUUACGGUGCUCAUUUCGAUUAUACUACUUUCGGGGCAUCGGAAAUGUGGACACCUGUUCCGAGAUACUUAGAAGACUUGGUCGAUCGCUUACCCUGGAGAAAGGAGGGAAAAGAAGAACGACCAGAUCAAUUUACCGUUCAGUAUUAUCCUCCCGGCACAGGAAUUCCCCCACAUGUGGAUACCCAUUCGGUAUUUGGGGAAUAUCUCUAUAGUUUAAGUAUCGGUAGUUCCGUACCUAUGGUUUUUAAAAAAUGCGGGGAAAAUGAAGCGAGGAAGAUGAGGAAGCCGAAGAGAUCGCUUCUUGGUGAUUCAAGGGAUGAGGUUAAUAGGACGAGGGUUACUAUUAAAGCGGAGGAUGAUGGGGAGGAGAAAUGGGAGGUUUGGCUUAGGGAGAGAAGUUUGUUGCUUAUGAGGGGAGAGGCGAGAUUUGGUUUUACUCAUAUGAUUCGUGGGCGGAAAUUUGAUUUUGAUGAGCGAAAGGGAGAGAGGGUGAGGAGGGUGGGGAGGUGGAGUAUUACUAUGAGGAGGGUUAGGAGGGGUGGGGAGGUGGGGUGUACGUGUGGGUUUCCGGGGGUUUGUGAUGCGAGGAUUAGGGAGGAGGUUGAGAGGGAGGAGGUUGAGAGGGAGGAGGUUGAGAGAGAGGAGGUUGAGAGGGAGGAGGUUGAGAGGGAGGAGGUUGAGAGGGAGGAGAGAGAGAGGGAGAAGGAGGAAAGGGAAAAGGAAAAUGGAAGAGAGGUACGGAUAGAGGCUGAACAUACACCAGGAAUCUUAACAAAUCAAUAA